AAGAUGUCAAACUUCUAGGUCCCCCUACUUCUUUCCAGCCGUGAAGGAAUACAGAAGCCAUGGGAUGCUGAGCACUGAGCCCACCAAUCACUCCGGAAAAAUGAGUUACCUGCAGCUGGUCAUUUUGCUGGUGGUCUGCUGUCUCCCACCUGGAACACCUCUGGAUGUGUUUGGAAAACCAGAUAGCUCCUUGCUUUCAAGAUGCAGUCUGUUUGGAGAAAGCCACAUUAGAACAUUUGACGGAACCUUCUAUGAUUUCACUGGAGACUGUAGUUACAAGCUGGCUGGAGACUGUCAUAAACAUGCGUUCUCACUGUUAGUGGAUUACAGAAACGGUAAAAAGAAGAGCGUGUCAAUGUAUCUGGGAGACUAUUAUGACAUUCACAUGUAUUUGGAUGGGACAGUAACUGAAGGAGAAAAAAGCAUUUCUAUGCCUUAUGCCUUUAAUGGGAUAUUUCUGGAAAAUGAAGCUGGAUACCACAAACUGUCCAGUCAAGAACAUGGCAUUAUGGUGAAGAUUGACAUUGGCGGAAACGUGCAGAUCUUGUUGUCCAAUGAACAUUAUAACAGAACAUGUGGGCUCUGUGGCAACUUCAAUCAGUUUGCAGAAGAUGAUUUUCUGACUCAGGAAGGAAUUGUAGCAGAAAAGAGCUUCGAGUUUGCCAAUUCCUGGGCAAUGCAGGGAGGUGAUAAGAGAUGUAAACGGAUCUACCCACCGAGUAACACCUGUAACAUUUCAUCUGAGGUGUCCGAGAAGGACUUCAUGCAGAGAUGUCAAUUUCUAAAAACAUCCCCAGCGUUCACAAAGUGCCAUCAAGCUGUAGAUCCUGACCCCUUCGUCGCCAUUUGUGAGAAUGACAUGUGCGAGUGUGCGGAGGACAUGCACUGCCCGUGUCCGACAUUCUUGGAGUAUGCGAGAACAUGUGCCCAAAAAGGUGUCAUUGUCACCGGAUGGCCAAUGGCGACUACAUGCCAACCCCAAUGCCCACAUGGGAUGAAGUACAAUGAGUGCAUAUCACCUUGUGUGAAAACCUGCCAGAGUCUCAACAUUAAUGAACUGUGCCCGGAACAGUGCACUGACGGCUGCAGCUGUCCUGAGGGAAAAGUCCUUGAUGGUUCUCUGUGCAUUGAUGUCUCUGCGUGCUCAUGUGUUCAUUCUGGUAACCGAUAUCCUGCAGGUGCCACAAUCACAAGGGACUGUAAUACCUGUUCCUGCAGAAAUGGGCUUUGGGACUGCAGCAAUGACGACUGUCCAGGGGAAUGCUUCGUCACCGGACAGUCUCACUUCAAGAGUUUUGAUAAUAAACAUUUCACCUUCAGUGGGAUCUGCCAUUACUUACUGGCCAAAGACAUGACGGACAACGUGUUUUCUGUGGCUAUAGAGACUGUGCAGUGUGCAGACGACCCAGACGCCGUAUGCACCAGAUCAGCUUCUGUCCGUCUUCUGGACAUGCAUAAUAUAACAAUUAAACUGAAGCAUGGCGGGGGAGUCUCAAUUGAUGGACAAGACAUUCUGCUUCCAUUGCUGCAAGGUUCCCUUCGCAUCCAGACAACAGCAUUGUCCGCAGUGCAGCUCUCAUAUCGGGAGGAUUUGCAGAUUGAUUGGGACGGCCAUGGAAAACUGAUGAUUAAGUUGUCACCAACCUACUCAGAUGCCACUAGUGGUCUGUGUGGGAAUUACAACGGAAAUCAAGGAGAUGACUUCCUCUCACUCUCUGGGCUUGUUGAGGCCAGCGUGGAAGACUUUGGGAACUCUUGGAAACUUGAUGGAGACUGUGUAGAUCUGGUCAAACAAGACACAGAUCCAUGUAUCUUGAACCCCAAACGAGCCAGAUACGCAGAUGAAGUCUGCCUAGGCCUUAUGGACAAUUUAUUUCGGCCGUGUCACAAUGAAGUCAACCCCCUCCCAUAUCUAAAGAACUGCCGCUACGAUGUUUGUGCCUGCUCCAAUGGGAAGGAAUGUAUGUGCGCUGCUUUCUCAACCUACGCUGCCGCCUGUUCCAGGAAAGGCAUUCUCAUUGAUUGGAGAACACCAGAAUUUUGCUCAAUCAGAUGUUCUGAAGGAAAGAUUUACCAGCAGUGCGGAAGUCCCUGCAACCAAACCUGCCAGUCAUUGUCCCAUCCUGACACGAAGUGCAGAGAAUUCUGUAUGGAAGGGUGCUACUGCCCCCCUGGACUGUACAGCAAUGAAUUUGGGGAAUGUGUACCCAAGUCAGAGUGUUCCUGCUAUUAUGAUGGAGAGUUAUUCCAACCUGAUGAUGUGUUUUCAAAUCACCACUCCAUGUGUUACUGUGAGAAUGGGCUAAUGCAUUGCACAACUAGUGGAGCGCCAGGAGCCUAUGACAUAGAUGCUUUUUUCAGUCAAUCUGCAAGAGUGAAAAGAAGCUUAGUGUGUAGACCUCCAAUGAGAAAAGUGAUAUGCUCUCCAAAUGAUCUGACAAUGACAGGAUUAGAGUGUGCCAAAACGUGCCAAAACAUGGACUUCGAAUGCUUGAGUCCUUCCUGUAUAUCCGGCUGCAUGUGCCCAGAGAGAAUGGUGCGACAUAAUAAUCGUUGUAUGCUUCCAGAGAGGUGCCCGUGUUUCCACGCAGGGAAGGAUUACGCUCCAGGACAGUCAGUGGACAUCGACUGCAACACAUGUGUUUGUCAAAAUAGAAAAUGGAAAUGCACUACUAAGGUUUGUGACAGCACUUGCUCAGCCAUUGGAACAUCCCAUUACUUCACAUUUGAUGGCAUGAAGUAUACGUUCCCCGGAAACUGCCAAUAUGUCAUGACUCAGGACUACUGCAAUGGUGGAGCUGGAACUUUCCGUAUUCUUGUUGGAAAUGUGGGUUGUGGAUUCACCGGAGAGAAAUGUUCCAAAAAGAUUACAAUUCUCUUUAGAAAUGGAGAAAUUGAACUAUCCAAUGAACAGGUCACCAUUAAAAGGCCUCCUAAUAAUGAAGAUGGCUUUGAUAUGCUGCAAUCUGGUAACUUCUUUAUUUUGAAACUUGGAAGUGACAUGUCUGUUGUUUGGGACAAAGGAAUGAGAUUUUAUAUCACUUUGAAAGAAACCUACAGGGACAAAGUCUGUGGUUUGUGUGGAAACUUCGAUGGAAGUGAAAACAACGAUUUGAUGAGUAGUAAUAAUCAGGUGGAAAAUAACCCCAGUAACUUUGGAAAUUCUUGGAAAGUAAAACCUCUCUGUGCUGAUGCUGCAAUGUUCACCGAUGCUGCUACCAUGCCAUUGUGUCAAGGCAAUACCAUGAAACAAGCAGCAGUAGAACAUGCCUGCAGUAUUCUGUUUGGUGACGUCUUUGAAGAAUGUGAGAAAUUGGUGAACCCAAUGCCCUACUAUGAGAUCUGUACUUAUGAUACCUGCACCUGCGAGUCCAUUGGAGAUUGUGCAUGCUUCUGCGAUGCUUUAGCUGCCUACGCCCAUGUGUGCGCUCAGAAGGGAGUAAAUGUCCAGUGGAGAUCAUCACACUUUUGUCCGCAGAGUUGUGAAGAAAAGAAUUUGAAGGAGCAGGGCUAUGUCUGUGAAUGGCGAUACAACAGUUGUGCACCGGCUUGUCCAAAAACCUGUCAACACCCUGAAGCUACCAACUGCCCGCUUAAGUGCGUGGAAGGAUGCCAAGCACAUUGCCCCCCUGGUAAAAUCCUGAAUGAAGUAACUGAUUCAUGUAUUGACCCCAAUGACUGCCCUGUGUGUGUUCUCAAUGGUCACCAUAUCCCAGAUGGAAAGAACAUUUUCUUGAAUGAAGAUGACCCCGCACUCUGCAAACAAUGCCAUUGUGAAGAACAAACUUUGCAAUGUAUUCCUUGCACCAAGCAUACCGUAGCGACACCAGCACCACCUCCACCACCAGUGGAACCCACCCCUGAUGAUGAGGAAGAAGAGGAGGAGGAACCAACAGUGCUACCUGGGACAUACACCUGUGAGAAAGCCAUGGACCUGGUCUUCUUGGUGGAUGGUUCCUCGAAACUUUCAGAAACUGAGUUUGAAACUGUAAAAGAUUUUGUUGCCAGCGUCAUGGAAAAAAUCCGUAUCUCCCAAAAAAGAAUCCGCGUGUCUGUCGUCCAGUACUAUCAUAUACACACGCCCAAACUGUUUGGACUUAAAGAGAGGAAGAAACUCUCAGAACUGAUUGCCCAGGUCAAAAGCAUGAAAUACUAUGGCAGUGCAAGUGCUCCUACUUCUGAAGCUCUUAAAUUCACCUCCCAUUAUGUGUUUGGUGAGGCUCCAAGAAACAAUGCUCCAAAAAUGAUUUUGUUGUUGACCGCCAGCAAAAGUGAAAAGAGCAUAUCCAGUAUGAUGGGCUUUGUGACCAAACGUAAAAUCAAUGUGAUUCCCGUGGCGCUAGGACCCCAUUUCAGCAUGAAUGAUAUAAAACUGAUUCAGAGUAAAUCCCCCAUGAACAAACCAUUCUUUGUUUCCAAUGUAGAUGAGUUACCGCUCUACAGAGAUAAGAUCAUCGACUACUUGUGUGACUUAGUACCGGAACCAACAAAGGCUACAAUCAGGGUUACCCCUACACCUGGUUCCCAAUCUACCGAGUCACCCGUAGUCUUUAAUUCUACCACAAAGUAUAUUGUUUUCUUAAUUGAAGGCUCUGACAAAGUUGGCGAGGAAAAUUUUACUAAGACUCUGAGAUUCCUUGAAAACGUCAUCCAGAGAAUGGAUACUGGUGAAGCCUCCAUUCAUAUCACCAUCAUCCAAUAUUCCUUCACGGUAACUGUGGAAUACACAUUUACAGAGCGCCAAAACAAACAGUACAUUAUUCAGAAGAUUAGAGACACCGUUUAUAGGGGUGGCAAUUCUACCAACACUGGGGCAGUUCUGAACUACAUCACCCAGCACACAUUCCCAAACACAUAUCAAGUUCCAAAGCUGGUGUACAUGGUGCAAUCUAAUCCGCCGACUGAUCAAAUAACAAUAGAAACAAGAGAUCAACUGAAUGAAAUUAAUGUUGUUCCUAUAACAGUCGGAGAGAUACCAGAGCUUGAUAUCUUCACGAAUAGGAUAGUUAUUAACAAUUAUAACCAGAUUAUAAAUUUAACAGAUGAAGUGAUCCACAGCUGCUGUUCUACAGAUAUUAGAAUACCAACAAUCCCUCCUCCAAUUCCUGAAGUGCCGUGUCUGAAACCAAUGGAUGUGAUGUUCAUACUGGAUGGCAGCUCUUACAUCAAGCCAUCAGAGUUUGAAUUUAUGAAAACUUUCGUAAAGAAUUUUAUUAAAAUGGCACAUAUCGGUUCUGACCUGACACAAGUGGCAGUCCUUCAGUAUGCAUGGACACCUACAGUGGAUAUUGCAUGGACUGACCCUCAGGAUAAGGAAAGUCUCAUAAAGGCAAUAGACACUAUACAAAAAUUAGGAGAAGGACCAGGAAAAAUUGGAGAUGCAUUGCAGUUUGCUGUCCAGAGUGCCAUGUCGGAAAUACAUGGAGCAAGACCCUUUUCCUCCAAGAUUGCAGUGAUCAUUGUUGCAGACAAGUCCUCAGAUCAAGUGGAUUUCGCAGCCAACUUUGCUACCACAAACCGAGUGUCCAUUUUUCCGAUUGGAGUUGGAUCCAGAUAUGAUGAGAAUGAAUUAUCAAUUCUUGCCGGCCCGUCUGAUAGCCACAAGAUCACAAAACUACAACUGUUUGAGGACCUGCCCACUAUGGACUUUCUUAGUGGAGAUUUUAUCAACAAACUUUGCACCGACCAUGUAAGAGUUUGUAUCGAUGACAAUGGAAAUCAGAGAAAGGCAGGAGAUAAGUGGAUGAUAAUAGACCAGUGCCACGUUGUGACGUGUUUGAAUGAUGGUAUAACUAGGCUGGACAGUAGCUACAUGAACUGCACAAAGAUACCAAAACCGAUAUGCAGCAACAACCUGCCCGCCAUAAGGAUCGAUGAAACUUGUGGCUGUCGAUGGGUCUGUCCAUGUUCCUGCACGGGAAGCUCAAACAGACACAUUGUCACAUUUGAUGGACUUAAUUUUAAACUCAUCAGCAACUGCUCCUAUGUGCUAUUCAAUGACAAGGAGAACAAUAUGAAAGUGACAGUACAGAAUGGGGAGUGCAGCUCAUUGGACCAUCAGACCUGCAUGGAUUCCAUACAAGUGUCGUAUGAUCAAGAGACAGUAAAACUGUCACAUGAUAUGCAGGUCUCUGUAAAUGGAAGGUUAGUCUCCGUCCCCUACCACAGCGACACGUUUAAUAUAGAUGCUUUUGGAGCUCUCAUACAUGAUAUUAGAAUACAUAAACUGGACUUUGCUUUAACAUUUACACCAAGAAACAAUGAAUUUAUGCUUCAGCUCAACCCACAUAUUUUCUCUUCAAAAACAUCAGGGCUUUGUGGUAUAUGUGACAACAACCCAGCUAAUGACUUCACACUCCGAGACGGUACAGUUACAACAGACAGCAGCAAAUUCAUCAAACAGUGGACCUUGGCCGACACUUUCGGGAGGACAUGCGAAACCAAACUCGAUGAUGUGUGUUCCCAGUCUCCGAGCCCCAUGUGCAGCAUUCUACUUUCCAAAACAUUUGAAGAAUGCCACUCAAAGGUUCAACCCAGCAGUUUCUUUGCACUGUGUGAAGAGAACAGCUGUCACGGGCAGGAUUUCUGUGGGACCAUUGCAAGUUACAGUCAUCUUUGUAGGAUCCACGGAGUAUGUGUGAACUGGAGGACACCAGAUCUGUGCCCAAUGGACUGUCCAAGUACAAUGGUGUAUAAUCACUGCCGCGUGGGAUGCAACGCAGACUGUGAGAAUGCACACAACGAAACUGUGUGCUCUGUCCAUCCAGCGGAAGGCUGCUUCUGCCCAGAUGGAGAUGUGAUUCUAAAUGGUAAAUGUGUCUCGGAAGAAGCUUGCACCCAGUGCACGGACAGCUAUGGAGAGACCCACAAGCACCUGGAGACCUGGAUCCCCUCUCAUGACCCCUGCGGCAUCUGCAUCUGCCUCAACGCCAGGGAGAUUCGCUGCUCCACAAAGCCGUGUCCUACAGUUACACCUGUCACCUGUGGCCCUUGUGAAACUCCAUCCUUGAAAAAGACUUCAGACCACUGCUGUCCAGAGUAUGAAUGUGUUUGCGAUACCAGUACCUGUGAGAUACCUCCUGUGCCACACUGUGACAACGGGCUGGAGCCCGUACUAACCAACCCAAGAGAUUGCAGGCCGAACUAUGAGUGCACCUGCAGGAGAGAAACCUGUCCUGUGCUGAGACGUCCCAGCUGCCCACCUUACAAGACGCUGACCAGGAUGAGCACGGAGUGCUGUGAUACUUACGAGUGUACUUGUAGCUGUUCCAACUCCACCGACACCUGUCCAGAUGGAUACCUAUCCUCUAUCCAUGUCAAUGAGUGCGGCUGCACAACUGUCAGCUGUACUGCAGAUAAGGUCUGCAUGCAUAAGAACAAUCUGUAUCGCGUUGGAAGUCUGUGGGAAGAUGGCUGCCAGAACUGCAGAUGUACCGACAUAACCGACCCCGUAACAGGCCUUCAUGUAACUGAGUGUGUGAGAAAGCCAUGCAACAGAAUCUGUGGUCCAGCCUUCAAAUAUGUGACCAAGGAAAACGAGUGCUGUGGAACGUGUAAGAAAGCAGUGUGUGAACAGGAGGUGUUCUAUAAGGGACGAAGAGGAGAUUCGGAUGCUGCUGACACUCAGUACUAUUCAGUUGGCGCGCAGUGGAAGUCUCCUUCUGAUCCCUGUAUUAUUAAUGAAUGCAUCUCAGUGAAUGGAGAAGUCUUCACAGUGCAGAGAAACGUGACCUGCUAUGACGUGGAGACCAGGAAAUGUCCGCCUGAGUACAGACUGACGUGCAGGCCUGGACCAGAAUGCUGUCCCAUCUGCAUGUGUGAACCCAUACCUGGUUGCUAUCACAAUGGAACUAUUAUUGGGCCUGGAAAGACAUUAAUGUCAGAUGAGUGUUCCUCCUGUGAGUGCAGUGUUUCUGGAGAUCCUGACCCAGUAUAUACACUUUCCUGCAAGAAAAUCCGAUGUGAGCCUUGUCCAAAGAGAUCAGUUUUACAGAAGGUGGACGGAGCUUGCUGCGGGCAAUGCUUGCCAACUUCCUGCACUGCCACAAUGCAAAAUGGAACACAAGUCAACUUAGAGCUAAAUGAAAGCUUACAAGACGGCUGUCAGCGAUACACCUGCAAAACAACCAAACGAGGAGACUUGACGGUGGAAAUUAGAGUUACUACAUGUGCCCCACUGAAUGAACAAAAAUGUUUGGCAGAUGGGGGUACAGUUAAAAAACUGGAAGAUUCUUGUUGCAAAAUCUUUGUGGAACCAGACUGUAAAAAGACUACCGCUACCAUACAACAUCUCCAAGUUGAUGACUGCGUAAUGAAACGGCCAUACAAUGUGCACUUUUGUGAGGGCAAGUGCACCAGUAAGUCUAUCUACGCCGCUGAGACAAACAGUAUGGAAGAGCAAUGCAUAUGUUGUUCUGCAAAACAGACAGAGUCGAUGAAAGUUCUCCUCUUUUGCAACAAUGGGACUACAGUGGAACACGAAGUGUUACAAGCCACAAACUGUGAAUGUCUGUCUCGAAAAUGUACUAAGUAACACUGUACACAAAUGGUUAUACUGCCGCACUCUAAUCCUUAAACCAUACAAAGUACCUCUCUAAUCCACUCUAUACACCAUGACUGUAGUCAUUGCUGUCACAAUAUUGUAACGUUAGAAAGACCAUUAGUUGAUAGUAUGUAAUGUGUUUAUCCUACUUACAACACAGAAUCAAAGGAUGUAUUGGAAAGACAACUGGUUACAUGCAUGUCAUCCAUGCUUAUGUGAUGAUUAAAAGGACAAUGGGCCUGCUUCAUGUCUGUAAGUAAAGCCAAAAAAUCAAGUAACUUUGUGCCCGGAAGAAAGCAUGUUGCCAUGCAAUUGGAGCAAAUACAUUUCUAUUGUUUCUGUGCAGGUUAAAUACUGGCUGCUUUUGUAUGUAGGCCACAAAUGGCUUCAUUUUUAUACAGCAAUUUAGAUCUCAGUUUGAACACCCCCACCCAAAUCUAAAUCUCUCUGCACAUGUUACAUCUGCCCCACCUGCAGUGCAGCAUGGUUUUGGCCAGUCACUUGCCUUUUUGCUUUAAUUACAAGCAAGAACGUGUCUUCUCUACUGUGUGGGAAAUUGGUAUACAGUAUAUGUUUUGCUCAUGGAGGCAGCCAUAUUGGAAAUUCCUUGUUCAUAAGUAAAAAUAGGAAAAAAAGCACAACAUCAGCCAAGACGUUCAGAGGAUUUUUUGGCCCAUAAUGUGAAAUUCUACAUAUUUGACAAUCUAGACAACUCUCCAUAUAAUAUUCACAUUUUAACUACAUUUUUGUGUUAUUGGACAGUGUAUUAUAUAACAGCUGAAGAAUGCAAUAUUUUUGUAUAAUUGUUUUUACAGCAACUGCAUUACACCCUAUAGGAUACGACAACGCAAUGUACAUUCAUUAUCAGCACUUUACUUUUUACAGUGAAUGUAAAUUAUCAGGCAAAGUUGUGUUUUGUGGUUGGCAAUUAAGACAAUACGGCAGAUGUAUAAACCUGGAGAAGGGCUAAAGCAGUGAUAAGUGCAAGGUGAUAACGCACCAGCCAAUCAGCUCUUAACUGUCAUUUUUCAUAUUCAUAAUGAUUGGCUGCUGCGUUAUCAUCUUGCGCUUAUCACUGCUUUAUCACUUCUUUAUCUUUUCUCCAGGCUUAAUACAUCUGCCCCAGUGUGUUACGUGUUUUACUUUACAGUGCAUUGAAACUGUCAGGAGAGAAUAAAGUGCAUGAAUGUAAUUGUCUUCUACAAAGUCAUAGCUACAUCACUUAUUGUAUCUAAUGUAGAUGAAUAAAGCCUUUUAUUUUA